CUUCCUAAACAGGGCAUGUGUUAUUUAUAUCGGCCAGUAGACAACAGCACGGCUAAUCUACAAAAGGCCAUCCAUCCGCGCCCCAUUGUCCAGCUGCAUUCGGGAUCCCCUCAUUGUUCUGUGCGCCUCCGUCCGUCCGUCCCGCAGCGGUCAUGGCACCCAAGAAAGCAAAGAAGAGGGCGGCAGAAGGAGCGAAACUCCAACGUCUUCUCCAUGUUUGAACAGGCUCAGAUCCAGGAGUUCAAAGAGGCAUUUACCAUCAUGGACCAGAACAGAGACGGAUUCAUUGAUAAGAAUGACCUGAGAGACACAUUUGCAGCUCUAGGACGGCUUAAUGUGAAGCAGGAAGAGAUUGACGAGAUGCUGAAGGAGGCGUCGGGGCCGAUCAACUUCACCGUGUUCCUCACCAUGUUUGGAGAGAAACUCAAAGGUGCCGAUCCAGAGGAAACCAUCCUCAACGCCUUCAAAGUGUUUGAUCCUGAAGGGAAGGGAAUCCUGAAGAAGGAAUAUGUCACUGAGAUGUUGACCACACAGGCGGACAGAUUCACUGCAGAGGAGAUGGAGCAGAUGUUCGCCGCUUUCCCUCCAGAUGCUGCGGGAAACCUGGACUACCGGAAUCUGGUCCAUAUCAUCACUCACGGAGAGGAGAAGGACCAGGAAUAGUUCAUUCAGUCCUCAGCCAAUCCCAGCGCUCCCUGUGUGCUUGUACACGCCCACUGGUUUAUAAUUGACAGGCAAGAAGUUCCGGAAAGUUACAGAUUUUUUUUAAUGUAUGAUAUUCUGUUUGCACCUUUGGCAUGUGACCUGUCAACAUUUACCUACAAAAUAUUGUAAUGGGUAAAUAAAUAAAUUGACAUGAAAUAUUGA